CCGACCAUUCGCUCGCUCGCCGGCAUACCCGCCUGGCGUGUCACACGCGCCGACCACCCGUCACCCGUUAAUGUUUGUGAUACAACCAGGAAUAUUCAAACAGGAAUAGGAUAACCAAACUCCAAAAUGGACAAGGACCACGCUUUAGAAGAGAUGAUGGGGAAACUCGGUGAUUUCGGGCGGUACCAAUGCUUCCAGUUUAUCCUUCAUAUUCUGGCGGCGCUGACUGCCGGCAUGCACAUGCUGUCUCUUGUCACAGUAGCCGCGGUGCCUGACCAUAGAUGUGCCCUCGAGGGAAUAGACAGCAUAAAUUAUACGGAACCGUGGAAUUCAACCCUGGUGCAAAACGCAAUUCCUAUCAAUGAACACGGAAAAUUGGAAUCAUGCUAUGUAUACGGAGUCAAUAAAACUUUAAAGGAAUGCCAAUCUUGGGUUUAUGAUACAAAGUACUAUACGUCAUCCCGCGGGAUCGAGUGGGACUUUGUCUGCAGCCGGCGAUGGAUGGGGGCGACCGGACAAACUGCAUACAUGUUCGGAGUUGUCGUCGGUUCUGUUGUACUCGGUCGCUUGUGUGACAAGCUCGGUAGGAAAACUAUCUUUGUUUUGUCUGGGGUCCUCCAACUCGCAUUCGGUAUCACUGUCGCCUUCACUACGGAAUACUACACUUUUAUCGUAGUACGUUUUCUCUAUGGCAUCUUCGGUUCCGGCUCGUACAUCGCUGGCUUCGUUCUCACAAUGGAACUCGUAGGACCAACAAGGCGCACCAUAUGCGGUGUUACUUUUCAAAUCAUGUUCGCGAUUGGUAUUAUGCUUUUAGCCGCCUGGGGAUAUCUUUUGGACAAUAGAUUCUAUUUACAAAUUCUAUAUGCAUUGCACGCAGUGAUUCUACUUCCCCAUUGGCUAAUAAUGGACGAAUCUCCCAGGUGGCUUUGGGCACAGGGUCGCGCACGCGAAUCAGUUGCCAUUAUAGAAAAAGCUCUCAAAGUGAACAAAUCUAAUGAAACAGUAGAUACACCUUCGCUGGUGUCUCAAUGCAAAGUGACGUGCGCAAAAUACACAGACGAGCAUUCGGCUGGAACGAUUGACCUUUUCAAGACACCGAAUAUGCUUAUGAAGACGUUGAUUAUCUCCGGCUGCUGGUUUGCUAAUGCGGUUGUUUAUUAUGGUUUAUCUUUGAAUACAGGGAAACUUAACGGUAAUCCUUAUUUUAUUAUGUUCUUAAUGGGUGUUGUGGAGCUACCGAGUUACGUCAUUAUAAUGUAUUAUUUGGACCGAGUUGGGCACCGAGCGCUGAUAAGCGCGAUGUUGUUGUUAGGUGGAAUAUCAUGUAUAGUUGUCGUUGCCUUACCGCAUGGUUCUACGUCAGCGACAGGAGUCGUGAUGGUCGGUAAACUCUUCAUUUCUGGCUCUUACUCUAUCAUUUACAAAUAUUCAGCUGAACUAUUCCCGACGGUAGUCCGAAGCUCUGGUGUCGGUCUCGGUAGUAUGUGCGCCAGUGUGUCAGGUGCUUUAACACCUCUGAUUAGUUUGCUCGAUACCUUAAAUCCCAAAAUCCCAACUGUUAUUUUUGGUUUUCUGGCUUUACUUUCCGGCUUUUCUACAUUCUUUUUACCAGAAACUAUUGGCAGGAAUCUUCCACAGUCAAUUGAAGAUGGGGAAAAGUUUGGCGUUGGUGAUACAUGUUUUACGAAUUGCAGUGGUAAAACAAUGAGUACUUCUUCAUUGGAUUUACCUGAAACUAUGGUCCCGUUGGAUGCUGAAAAGAAGCAAUAAGAUGGUUUUGAAAUAAGCAGCAACGUUUUAUUGGUAAUUUAUUGCAAGAAAAACGAAUUUAUUUGAACAUCAUAAUCAGGGUAAAUUAUUACAAUAGUAAAAGUUGCCUCUCUAAAAUUGUACAGUGUUAUUUUUUAUGUAGGAUUAACUUUUUAACUUAAUAUUCUUGUAUGUUAUGAUACUGGUUAUCAAAUAUGUUAUAAAGAAUACAACCAGGGUAAAUUAUUCAAUUUAAAAAUGAUUGUUUUAGAUUUAUUGAAACGUAAUUAUUGUAUUUGAAUGCCAAAAAGACAUGACGCUCAUACUUUCACGAUAUUUAAAAAUAAGUAAUAUUUCCUAAUAUUCUCUAUAGCGACGAACUGAGUUUAAAUUUUAUUGUUUAUAUUGCUAGUAAUUUGUACUCAAUCUUGCCUACUGUUUCUAUCUAUCUAAUAUAAACUUACCAUAAUUCUCGUGAAAAAGAAGUAAACGUGUACAGUCAGCUGCAUUAAUAUGAACACAAUUAAAAAAGUUAGAAACUUGUUUUGUCACUUAGUUUGAAAAACAUUUAUGUAUAAAGUGAUCGGUACCAUGUAGACGAAUACAUGCAUUCGGAUUUAUUAAAAAAUAUAGGCGUAUAAAAGUUUCUGAAGCUUUGCAAUUGUGUAGAUAUUUAUAAAGCUGACUGUACAAGUGAUUCACCAGUGGAAAAACGGUUAUAGAUUUAAUAAUAAUUUUAUAUUGACUGUGUGUAUUGAAGUCACUAAUGUUAUACGUAUAGCUUAAAAUAAGAUUAAAAUGUUCAGCUUUUUUUUAUUUUAUUGAGCUGGUUUAAAUGUUAUAAUAGUAGUUAAGUUAUCUAGUCAGGUUUUACGUAAAAAUCGAAUUAGACUGGAUAAUCCUAGUUCUAUAAGUAAUUAUUUGAAAUCAUUGGCAUCAACAUAAAUAAGAACUUUACUGACAUACUAAACAGAUUGGAAGGUUAAUAAAAAGAAAAUAUGCAACAGUUCCUGGUGCAAGUUUAUAGGAAUGUUUAUAAAAAUGUCAUUAUUCAUUCCCUCACUUUUCAAGCCGAAUUUAAUGUAUCUUGUAAUGUUUAGUAAAAAGUGCUAUAAUUAUUAAGUAAAUUAUAGAAGAUCCUUUAAUAUAAAAUAAGUUGUAAUUGUUUUGUUAAUGAAGU